GGCAUACACCGUUGGACAGAUCUCGACGAGAGGAAUCGAAAUAUGCCAAGAAAAUAUGUUCAAGCACUGUACAUUUUGGAGAAAAUUGGCAAAAUUUGAAUUUUUAUUGUAGGAAGGUCCAUUUUUUAUUAUUGCAAAUUGUUGAACAAAUUGUUUAUUGGUCAAUUGUUUAAGGCAUCCAACCAUUUAAAUAAUUUUCAAUUGUUGCCCAGUAUCAUUCCACUUUAAAUCUACGCGAAUUCAUUGAACUACAUAUAAUUAAUAAUUAAACUUUCAUGUUCUUAUGCAAUAAAUUAUUAGCAAUGGAAUUUUAGUUUAGCAGUGGCGACACAAGAUGGCAUUACUGCUGGCGCACAUGUAUCUUGCGUAUUACCGUCAGACCGCGUCAGACCGUGUUGUUUGUUUACAAAAUUUCAGCCAGGAAUCUCAGAGUUUGAAGGGAAAAAUGGAACAAAUAGAGGCGCAAGAUGAAGCGAUUCACAAAAUUCUCAUGGAUGAGAACCCAACAAUCGUGAACUAUCUGAAUUCAGUAUUUGGAUUUCUAUACCGUCGGACGGAUUUUUUCAAAGCAAAAAAUAAAGUGGACGAUCCCGUUGGAUUCAUGCCGGGUGAAGCUUUGAAUUUGGUCCUCAAAAUUUUCAAGCAGUAUCAAGAUUUGGAAGAAUACUCGCAGAGGCUGGCAAAAAUGGAAAGAUUAAAAGGCGACGGCAUUGCCCCUGCAGCAGAUGCAGAAGUUGAAGUUAUAAGCAACGAUGAUUUGCCUGUCGGUCCGCUAGAAAAAGCGUCAGCAUUAGCCAAAGGCCCUGACGAGUCGGAAAGUCACAAUGGAGCAGCUUGCGAUGGCUACAGCUGGAGUCAGACAAUUGCAGACGUGGACAUAUCCGUUGAAGUGCCAAAACACGUCGUCAAAGGGAAGCAAAUCAAGGUGGAGACGACAAACCGUUCGGUCAAGGUUGUGGCUGGCGAUGAUUGCUUGCUAGAUGGCGAACUCACGAAACGGGUAAAAUGCGAAGAAACAAUCUGGAGCUUGGUGCCCGGCAAGUGUGUCCAGUUGCAUUUUGAAAAGUGUGAAGAGAGGUGGUGGGACGCCCUGCUAACCACUGAUGGAAAAAUUGAUGUGCGCCAAAUCGACAAUGCCCGGUCCCUGUACGACUAUUCUGAGUCGGACGAAAUGAGUAUCAGGGAAAUGAUGUUGCACCAGGAGAGAAAGACUGCAAAUCACGAACCUAAGGCAGUUGAAAUGCUCAAAACAGCUUGGGACGCUGAUGGAUCUCCUUUCAAAGGCACACCGUAUGAUCCUAGCAAGAUAAAUUUCCAAGCAUGAAGGCUCUUGUUUGAUUCUUGGACCUAAUUUCAGAAUUCCUUUUAUUCCUUUCACAUGAUAACAUUCAAAAGUAUGCAAUUAAUAUGUUUAGUCCGAGUUUUCAAUACUAAUUAGAGUUUGGUGUUCAUUGAAAUGCUUGGAAGCGAAAGUCUGCAGAAUGUAAUUGUAAUAAUUAUUGUCUUGUGAAAUAAAAUCGCUGCCCUUGUCUGCAGAAACAAAUCUCUUAUUUUUUCAACUUGCGCUGCUCUAAAAUUGGUUCGACGAAACUUUAAUGAAUUUGAGAUUAUGAAAUGCAGAGAGAAAUCGAUUUUUAACGCCAGCCUUUGAAUCAGGGAUUCAUACCAAAUUUGAUGAGAGUUUGAUUAUAUAACAGUCGGCAGUUUCUGUGCGUUAUUUCCCCGCCCAAGGUCAUCAAUCUGAUUUGAAUUUUUUGCAACGCUGAGUAAUUAUCUGCAUCACCUGCUGCACAGCACCUGCAUUUUGUGUUCCGCAUGCAAAAUUGUUUCCGUUACUUACAAGCGAAUUUCUACUCUAUCCUAGCAUUAUUUAAUUUUCUGCUUUUGAAUUGAAUAUUGAUCGAUUCCGUAAUUAUUGUAUAUGGUGCAAAGAAAUUAUAAAAAGAAAGCGGUAUCUCCAUCAUAAUAAAGGUGUCUACCUCAAGAUUAUUCUCCUAAUGACUAACAAGUCAUUGCUAUUGACAUUGAAUAAAAAACGACUUUGCCAGAGGCAAAGAAACAGGGCUCUGGAGAAAUUUCAUCGAUAUUAACGUGUGCGUGCUUUGGGAUAUUAUUAUGCUAUAGAAAUUUUUGAAAAUAAAUUACUCUCAUUAUUGGUGCACAAAAUGA